CGGACUGCCCAUGUAACCCUACCGGUCCGUCGGGUUGCGGGUGAACCAGGUCCGCGGAAGGCGGGUGUUACAAUUUGGUAUCAAAGAAGUUCGGUUUUAGUGAAAAAAAAUAACAAAAAAAACACAAAUUUUGUAAUUUUUGGUCAAAAGGUAUUUUCUUUUCAAAAAGUCCACAGCCGCAUCUCCCAUCACAUCACUUCCAGGGAAAGGUACACCGUUAUUUUAAUCACAUGUAUGUCAUAUUGUAAUUAGUUCUGAUUUAAGUUAUUCCUAUAGAGAAUGAGUCAAGCAGCUAGCAAUGACGGACAGGCUGUCCCAGAGGGGGAGCCUGAGCACGUGAGCGUGCACACUGAAGUGUCCAGCUUCACACCUCAGCAGGCCUCCGAGCAGGCGGUCCCAGGCGUGGGCCCUAUUCCGGAAGCCUUCCCUAUCGUCCAGCCGCAGUUUGCGGCUAACUUCAUGAACUUCCUCCAGCAGAUGGCUAGAGCAUACGUUCCACCGCCGCCACCAGUGGCGGUGGUCACCAUCGAGAAGCUCCGGAAGAACGGAGCUGAGGAAUUUCUAGGCGAUCAGAUUGCCGACCCUAUGAUCGCUAAAUGGUGCUUCGAACGAACCAUCCGGGUGUUGGGGAACCUGAGGGUUCCACAGGAGCAGCGUGGUGACCUCGCAGUUGCCUUACUUCAGGAUUCCGCCUACGAUUGGUGGAAGCGUGUAGGAGCGGACGUCCCGGAGCCCGUUCAGUGGGCCACUUUUGAUCGACUCUUCCAUGAAGAGUACAUCCCGGAGCACUUUGUCGAGGCGAAGCGAGAGGAGUUCUUGAAGUUCACCCAAGGUGAACUCACACUACCUGAGUAUCGUCAAAAGUUUGACGAGCUCGCGGGGUUUGGGCAAGACCUCGUACAGACCAUGGAGAAGCGGUGCAAAUGCUUCGUGGAGGGCUUACGUCCCGACCUUUCAGCUCAUCUGAUCAUUGCUCCUCGGAGUGACAUCAACGCGUUGUACAAGAAUGCGUUGGAUUUGAAUGCGGCCCACGUCAAGAAGGCUGAGUUUGAGCAGACGCAGGGGGCGUCAGCGUCAUCAUCUCGUCCUCCUCCACCCCCGAAGGCGGGGACCAGUGGCAAGAGGUCCUCCGCAGCGCCUAGUAGCUCUCACCAGAGCAAGAAGGUGAAGUCAGCCCCAGCACAGUCAUCUGCAUCCGUCCAGAAGAAGGGCAAAAGCGGUGAUGGGUUCUGUAACCCAAUCUGCGACCAUUGUGGGCGUAGACAUCGAGGAGAAUGCUGGUACACUCUGGGCCUGUGCCUAGGGUGUGGCCAAGCCGGGCAUUUCCGUAGAGAUUGUCCGAAGAAUCCGGGUGAGGCAUUCUCGUCCACACCGGCCGCAUCAGCCCCAGCAGCGCAACCCGCCCAUAGCCAGAAGUCGGCGGCAGCAUCCAGUCAGCCCAAGCAGCAAGCAUCUGGCGCUCAGGCGGGGAAGGCCCCGGCCCGCACUUACGCGAUGCGAGGACGUACUGAGCAGCCAUGUUGUACCCGAGACCCGGGGUCUUAUCGAGUAGCUAAUUUGUGGCGGAUUUGCGGAAGGAAAUGGACGAUGGAAUUGAAGGGGUGAAGUAUGGAGUGUGGGAAAGAGUUCUUUUUUGGUGUUUUUAAUGAGAGAAAAGAAUAAGUUUAGGAAAAAGAAAUGGUGAGGAAUGAAAUGGGCAGAAAAGUGAAGGGAUAAACCAAGUUGGUGUUAAGAGAUAUGACACACUCUUAUCUUAACUUGGGGCUUUUAUCUUCUUUUACACAUUAAUAAUCACUACUAAUGUAU